GUUCCCGACUAAGUACAUCCCAUUGCGCUGGCCCCAUUGCUCACUCGACGCUAGCAUAACUGGUAGCGAGGUCGCGCCAAACAUGUCAUUUGACGCGCUUGACCCUUCUGUGCAGGAGCAACUACGGCUAGGAGCGUUUGAGGGGAAGUUCGACGUAAAGGACUUCGUGGGGUCAAUAUCAGAGAAACUCAUCACACAAUCCAAAGCCGAUGCUGGACCAUUCGACCCAAAGCCUUUCAUCCGGACGUUUGAAGCCGCUGUGGACAAGCUCAUAGCAGUGAGGAAGGAUGUGCAAGCGAAGACGGAGCAGAUGGAAAAGAUUGUCAGGACGACCGAGCGAGAGUACUCCCGCAAGAUGACCGAUCUCAAUAAGGGAUUCGAGUCUGUAGGCCAAACGUUCUCUGGCAUGGAAACUAAGAUGAACGAAGUCGGGCGCACUGCGAUCAGGAUCGGUGAACAGCUGGAAGCCGUACAUCAGCAACGACAGCGUGCUCAAGCGGCUUAUGACCUCAUUGACUUCUACAACCAAUUCUCAAGGGAUGACACUUCGCAGCUUGACGUCAUGAAGAAAGAGGGCAAAGAGGGCAGACGGAAGGUUGCCGUCCUCCUGAGGCGAUUGAACAUCGUUGCGAAAGAAGUAGACCUACCGCAUGCUGACAAGACAAGGGAAAGUAUUGAUAGGUACUGCGAGAAGUUUGAGAAGGACAUGCUCCAUCUGUUCGAUCGUGCAUAUCGCAAAGGAGACCCCAAGAUGAUGCAUCACUGCGCCCAAACGUUACUCGACUUCAAUGGCGGUGCAUCGUGCGUACAGGUGUACGUGAAUCAACACGACUUCUUCAUCAACCGAGUACGAGAAAGUAGCCAAAUGGAGGAGGGACUAUGGGCCGCUCUGCCGGAACCGGACUCAAGCCCACCUACCGAUGAGUCAGGGCUGCACGAGCUGUUUGGUGAGAUUCGCGCGACCGUCGGCCAGGAGGCACAGAUCGUGCAGGCAGUCUUUCCCAAUCCUCCCUUCGUCAUGCAAGUCUUCUUGCAGCGCGUCUUUGCGCAAAUCAUUCAACAAUACAUGGAACAGCUGCUCAACAGAGGGAACAACAUAACCGACCUCUCAUUCCUUCGGAUUCUUAAACUCAUCCAUCAACAGACAUCCCAGCUCGUCGAAGACCUCAAAGCUUACGAGGUGACCUCCGUCAUCCCCCGCUCCCCCACCGACCCAGGAGAUUUCAACCGGAUGUUGAACUCAGCGGCGGCAGCGGCUGUAGGCACUGCGGCGACCGUCAGCACCAUGCUCGAGACGGCCAUGGAGGAGCUGUUCGUCCCAUACACGGAGGGGCAGCGCUAUCUCGAGCGGGAGAGCAAGAGUCUGUCUGAGCUGUACGCGGGUUACCUGGCUGUUUUCACGCGAUACCAUGCAAGAGUCAACAAGGGCGCAAAGAGCUCAGUAUUCGACCGUGUGGUAAACCAGCUCGGAACAACCGGUGGUGCUACCGCGUCGUCAACAGCCGCCGCCGUUUUCUCUCGCUUCGGUAACCUCGCAGGUGGUGGCGACCGCAAUCAGGCGAAGGCUGAACCGGAGGAACCUCUUCGAGACGAAGAUGGACAGGUCAGCGUUCAGGUCGCAGAGCGCAUGUUGAAGUGGCACGCGGAGGCAAUCGGGCGUUGCGUGGAGCUGACUCCGUCGAGCGACGUGCCCAAGCAUGUCUUCGCAUUGCUCAGGGUACUCUCGGCAGCUAUCGGUACUGCGUACAUCGAGACUGCUUUGGAGACUGCCCACGGCCGUAUAGAUCCCUCCGACACCAAGACUGAACCCUCCCUUCAAGCACUCACCGUCCUCCACGAGGUCGACUUGAUUUGCCACCUUUGGCAACACUACGUCAGCAUGGCCCUACUUCCUCUCGCGAGCAGCUCCGUUACCGUGCGACGGGAGAUGGUCGUUUUCAACAACCAGUCCGUCAGUAGAAUCGAGGGUGCUGCCAACCAUGUCAUGCAACGCCUUGCAGAUGCACUCAUCAACUGGCUGUCCGCGCAGCUGACGAAGCAGAAGAAGACGGACUUCAAGCCGAGAAACGACGACCUGUCGUUCGCAAGGGUAAACACCGAGCCGUGCGUCGCGUGCUGCGACACGCUGGAGAAAGUGCGCGACGCGACCAAAGCCAAUCUGAGCGGCAAGAACCUCGAGGUCUUCCUCACCGAGGUCGGGAUCGCGUUCCACAGUCUGCUGCUCGACCAUCUCAAGAAGUUCCCCGUCAGCGCGACCGGUGGUCUGAUGCUCGCGAAGGAUCUGAAGUCCUACCAGGACAUCAUCAGCUCGUUCUCCAUACCCUCAUUGACGGAGCGUUUCGAGUUCAUCCGUCAGCUCGGCAACGUCUUCCUCGUCCGGCCGGACAUCCUCCGCUCAUACAUCACCGAGGGCUACCUCGGCCGCAUCGACUCCUCUUUGCUGCGCCCAUAUCUUGCGCAGCGCAGCGACUGGGGCCAGGCCGAGAAGGGCUUCAACGACAGCUCCGAGGAUGGCGAGGGAUCAGGAGGCAAGGGUCUCAAAGACAGGCUGGGCAUGGGCCGUCUGAGCAUGAUCAUGAAGGACUUGGAGCCGCUCAGGGACAUGAGCAUCCGCGACAUGAAUAUGCCCGCCAUGCCUGCGCUCCCCAGCUCACUCGCCUCGAACUUCUCGGCCGCGAACUUCUCGAGCUCGAUCACAUCCAGAUUCACCGGGUAAAGGGGUAUAAUGUGUGCUACUGUUACUUACAGUGAGAUGCUGUCCGUCUGUCACUA